AUGCAUACAAGCACCCCGGCCCUCUUCCCCCCAUCCUCUGGCCUUGUCGCCGUGUUUCCAACGGCACCGCCAUUGGAGUUGGCCGUGGAUCCUAUUGGUGCUCAAGUGGUACCGGCAAUGGAUGCAGUGGUGAAGGUGUUUUGCAUUCACACCGAGCCCAACUUCUCGUUGCCUUGGCAGAGAAAAAGACAGUAUAGUUCCAGCAGUAGUGGGUUCGUGAUCAGCGGGAGAAGGGUUUUAACAAAUGCGCAUUCAGUCGAGCAUUACACUCAAGUUAAAGUUAAGAAACGUGGGUCUGAUACCAAGUACUUGGCUACUGUCCUUUCUAUUGGAACCGAAUGUGAUAUUGCAAUGCUUACAGUUAACGAUAAUGAGUUCUGGGAAGGUGUGUCACCAGUGGAAUUUGGAGAAUUACCUGCUCUUCAAGAUGCUGUAACUGUUGCUGGUUACCCCAUUGGGGGAGAUACGAUUUCUAUAACAAGCGGAGUUGUAUCACGUAUAGAAAUAUUGUCUUAUAUUCACUUGUCAACAGAGCUCCUUGGCUUGCAGAUAGAUGCUGCUAUAAAGUUUGGAAACUCUGGUGGGCCUGCUUUCAAUGAUAAAGGCAAUUGUGUGGGAAUCGCAUUUCAGUCUCUCAGACAAGACGAAGCAGAAAAUAUAGGGUAUGUGAUACCAACACCAGUCAUCCAGCAUUUUAUCCAAGACUAUGAGAAGAAUGAAGCCUAUACUGGAUUCCCUAUUUUGGGGAUUGAGUGGCAAAAAAUGGAAAACCCUGAUUUGCGUAAAGCAAUGGGCAUGAAACCUGAACAGAAAGGUGUUCGAAUCAGAAGAGUUGAUCCCACAACUCCAGAAUCUGGGGUUUUGAAGUCAUCAGAUAUUGUGCUCAGCUUUGAUGGGGUUGAUAUUGCCAAUGAUGGAACGGUUCCUUUUAGGCAUGGAGAACGCAUAGGUUUUAGUUACCUAGUGUCACAAAAAUAUACUGGGGAUAGUUCAGCUAUUGAAGUUCUACGUAAUUCUGAGAUUCUAAAUUUCAACAUCAAACUUACAUCAUCCAGAAGGGUUAUUCCGGCACACAACAGGGGCAAACCACCUUCAUAUUAUAUAAUUGCAGGAUUUGUGUUUACAACUGUAUCUGUUCCUUAUUUACGUUCUGAGGUAUGUUGUUUUCUUUUUAUAGUGAGAUUUUAUGAUUAUUUAGAUCAUAAAAAGUGUAGAACUUUGAAUUUUCAUCAACUACAUGGUAGUAGUCAAUUUGAUUUUUCAAAAGUUAGUGACAAAAUUGCUUAUCUGUGGAGUUUCCAAAUUAACUAUGCUGUAUUUGUAAAUUUUGCUCAGUAUGGGGACAAUUAUGAAUAUGAAGCUCCAAUGAAUCUAUUGGACAAACUCUAUCAUGCAACGCUGCAGUCACCCGAUGAACAGCUUGUUGUGGUGUCUCAGGUUCUUGUAUCUGAUAUCAAUAUUGGAUAUGAGGACAUUGUUAACACUCAGGUCCUUGCCCUUAAUGGUAAGCCGGUGGCGAAUUUAUGGAGAUUGGCUGAGAUGGUAGAGAACUGCGAUGAUGAGUUUUUGAAAUUUGACUUGGAAUAUGAACAGAUAGUAGUGCUUCGAACAAUGACAGCAAAAGCAGCUACUCCGGACAUUCUUGCAACCCACUGUAUACCAUCAGCAAUGUCUGCUGAUCUCAAAGCAUUGAGACCAUGGACUUAAUUUAUUGAUUUUUUGUA